UUGCAGCGGCUUCUCUUCGUUGCCUAGUCCAGAAGAAAGCCGGGACGUGACGGAGCCGGGGGGGUUUUGCUUGCUGGAGGCCCGUUAAACCACCGAUAAAUACAGCUUCCUCACAGUGUCUUCGUCGCUCGAGAGACGUUUGUGACCCAACUUGACCCAUCGUACUUUUUCAUCUUAGAACUAAUUUCACAAACAUGUCCUGGCAAGGCUACGUGGACAACCUGAUGGCUGAUGGCAGCUGCCAGGACGCGGCCAUUGUUGGGUACACGGACGCCAAAUACGUCUGGGCAUCGUUUGUCGGCGGUACCUUUGCCAACAUUACGCCCGACGAAAUCGAUGUGGUGAUAGGAAAGGACCGGGAGGGAUUCUUCACCAGUGGGCUGACCUUAGGCAAUAAAAAGUGCUCCGUAAUCAGAGACAGCCUCCAAAUUGAAUGCGACUGGACAAUGGACAUCCGGACAAAGAGUCAAGGAGGAGAGCCAACAUACAACGUUUCUGUAGGCAGAGCCGGCAAAGCAUUGGUUUUUGUCAUGGGGAAGGAAGGUGUCCAUGGAGGGCAGCUCAACAAGAAAGCUUUUCAGAUGGCUGAAUACCUGAGGAAGUCCGGAUACUAAAGCAGCCUGUACCCAGCCACCUAGCAGCUCACCCUUACCACCCUGUUGCAUUUCACACUACUUCCAGUCCUAGUUGGUAGUUACUUUGUUUUUCUUUUUCUGCCUUCUCUCCUACCCAUUUGUUAUCCCUCUUUUUCUUUUUUUUUCUUUUUUGUUAUCUUCCCCUAACCCGCCCUUUUCCCUCUCCCCCCCAACACACUUGCGCUGUGUACUCUUUACCCCCUUAAGCACUAUAAGUUGAUCCAUAGCAAAGAUGAGCAUGUUGCUAACAGGUUGUCAUGACAAAUCUGUACUUAACCAAGACCAGCAAAAAAAAAAAAAAAAAAAGAUUCUGGCCAAACACUCGGACAAUGAAAGCUAUAGCGUCAAUUUGAGGUAGUUAUUUCUUUCUUUCUUGCUCUGUCAUGGUGCCCAUUACUUAAAACCCCCAAUCCUGAUCAUACACACUCCCUCCCUGAGCAGCCGAUGCCUAUGGAGCACUUGAGCGGUAACCAAGCUCGUCAUGUCUUCCUUUUAUUUUCUCCAUCAUGUCCGGGAGGGGAGACUCCGUGCAUAUCUCGAUCCACUGUUGUUUCCCCAUCAUACCCACCACGCAAGCAACCCCCCACCCCAACCUCCUUCUUCCUCUCCACACUCCUGCCAAAAUUUUCUGUUCCUCCCCUUUCCCUGUUUCCCCAUCCUGUUUGCUCAAAGCAGGUGACACUACAAACCUCACAGGAGACUCAUCUUCACCACCCAACUAGUUCUCUAACUCCCCUCUCCCUUGAGAUGCACUGCACUGUCCUGGACAUAUUUUAUACACGGGGGGGGGGUGGCAUGUGUGUGGGGGUGCUUGGAUCAGCUCAGUUAACGAUCAUGAAUCGGAUUUGCGAGUGUUGGUGUCGUCCAGAUGCUGGUAGCCUCUCCUCCCAUCAUCACAACCUCCCCGACUACACGAAAACCCAUGGACAUUCCACAGUAACAAUGGCUCAGGCACUUAAAACUGUUUUUGUUUGCCAGCUCCUGUAAUAUUUUUUUUUUUUUUCGUUUUUGAAAGGCUGCCAUUUUUGGACAGUAGAUAUCCCAGCAUAUAACCAUCUGGAGUAUGUCCAGUUUGAAUUUUUUUCUUUUUAUAGGACCAAGUGUAGUCGAAGCUCGGGUGUUUAUACAAUUGCUCUAAAUCAUGUGAUGGAUGACUGCUAACUUUUUUUUUCUGAUAAAGGAAAUGCUAACCAGACAGAAAUACAUACUAUGGUUAAAAAAAAUAUGAAGCUACAGGGAAGGUAAGGGUGGGAGUAUCUGAAGAAAAUUCUCAUUUCACUUUCUUCUUUGUUUAGAAAAUAAACAACUGCAUUUGUACAAACCCAUGCUGUGUUGACAACUACAAAACUGUGGAAUAAAUUGCCUUUUACUUUAUAGUCAACUGAGCUCUGGGGUAUCACACGGUCUGUCCACGGUCAGUACUGCUAACUAACGUCCAACUGAAGAAAAAAAAAAAAACUUUCAAAAGUAGAAAUGACACUCAAUGGGAGAUGGGAUUGGUUGGAACAAAGACGCUUAUGGUUGUCUUGUCGAAACUUAACUGCAGAACCUGUGUAUCCUGUGCCAUAAUGUAGAGAGAUCUGUUGCUGUUGUAAGAUGGAUUUUACCCACUGUCCACUAAGGAGUCAUUUCAUUGGCACUUUCUUUUUUCUUUCUUUUUUUUUUUUUUUUUCUUCUUUAGCUUCAGCUCCACUGUUUAGGCCUUGUGGGAUAUGUGUACUCAUUAAAAAAAAAAAAAACAAAAAAAAAAACCUGUUUCAAGUCCUGUUUGCUGAUUUAUGUUCAUUUCCUUUUUCCUCACCACUUUUUUUUUCUUACAUCUGGGAUACAGUCUCUUUAAUGCAUCUGAUUUCAUAUGCAUAAAACCAAGAAAUGCCAUAAAUUGAUUUAUCACCUUGUUUACAGACAGAUCAAAUAAAUUUAUUCCAACCA